CUUCCUCUCUACUCGUUGACUGGGUUCGUCGCGUGCAGGCAGAGAUUUCACUCCGCAACACGUCGUCGUCGUCGCCUCCACCAACUCCACCCGAAAACUCUGACAACAACAACCCCACUCAACCUCAGCACCUCUCGGCGUCGACGGUCCCCAUGUCCCUCAUCCGCCCGUUUGAGGCGACCGACAUCCUCCGCUUCCACGCCGUCAACGCCGACCCGUGGACCGCGACCUACCACAACGGGUACUAUGCGAGCUAUGUCGCGCAGUGGCCUGAUCUGUGUUACAGCGUGGAAGGGGCGUUUGACGACGAGGUGCGGGCGUACAUGAUCGCAAAGGACGAGCCGGCCCCCCCAGACCCACAGCACCACGGGCACCUGACCGCGCUGUCCAUCUCGCCGCCGUACCGUGGCCUCGGGCUGGCGCGCGUGUUCAUGGCGAUGCUGGAACGGCUGAGCUCGGACGGGAGCGCCGGGUGGCCGCGGUUACCACCACCACCAUCGCCAGCAAACGGCGACGGUGACGGCGAGCACCCACCGCCCGACGCGACCGACUGCGUCGACGCGUUCUUCGUCGACCUCUUCGUGCGGUGCAACAACCACCGCGCGAUUGACAUGUACGAGAAGCUCGGGUACAGCGUGUACCGGCGAGUUGUGGACUACUACAACGGCAUGGAGGGCGUCGGGAGCACACGCGACGAGCUCGACGGGUUCGACAUGCGCAAGUCGAUGCCCAAGGACAAGGACGGGUCGUACGUCCGCGCCAACGGGCGCGAGACGCUCGUCUCCCCAGAAGAGGUGUGGGCAUAGGCCUGCGGCAGAGAGGGGAAAACAACAUACAGCCGCUCGCAUAGACAUCGGGUACAACAGCGCGAGUAGCCGCGCACAUGCAUUGCAUUGCAUUGAGAAGGAAGGAA